AUGGCGAAGGCUUACCCGGAGUUAUGCGCGUCAACACACGGAUCGGCAAAGAAAACAAAGGAACAAAUGUUACAUGAUACCUUUUUGGGAGCUAUUGACAAUGCAAUGAGUCGAAAGAUAAAGAGCGACAGUAAACAUCGAGAUUUAAAUUUAACACAACUUUCUGAAGAAUUAGAUCGGCUCGAGCUAAUUUAUAAAACAACAGUACCAAAAGUAAACCUCGAAGUAAACAAUUUCAAAACGACAGGGGAAGCAGACGAAAUAUCGUUAAGAAAGAUAAUCAGAGAAGAGGUAGCAGCCGCCCUAUCCAAAGAAAACGAUGGAAGUCGGGAAACGGAGGACGAAACAAAACGUACGGUCGGGUUCGUUGGAAAGAAAAAUUUCCCGCCAAAACCUAGGAAAUUUCCCGCCAAAACCGGUAAAAAUCAAGCGUGUUUCCACUGCCAGUCGCCUGAACAUUUUCGGAAAGACUGUCCAUUUAAAGAUCUUUGUCAACGCUGCUGGCAAAAGGGCCAUACAGCACCAUCUUGCCAUGCUACAAGCCCUCGCCCUUCGCCGUCUUUAAACUCCAAGGCGGCUGGGAACAAUCGUCAGCAAAAAUAA